CGGGCGGCGUGAGCGGCUCGGCGCGGCCCUGUCCAGCCGGAGAGGCGCGGCUCGGCGCCAGGCCUCGUCUUCCGCGCGCGGCGCUCCGGGAGACGCGCUUCCUCCCAUGGCCGACGGCGGGAAGGGAGGCUACAGCGAACAUGAUGAUCGUGUGGGUGGAGGUGGCGGCGGCAACAGGGGCUUCCCUGGUCGGAGGAGAAAAGGCCGGGGGCCCUUCCGAGGAAAGAUGUACAGCGAGAUGAACCAUCACCAGCGGAGUUGGACCAAUGCAGGCCCCAGUCCUUGCAGCUGCCCGGAGGAGGAGGAUGGAGAUGUUCUAAUGAGCGAUCCUCAUGAUGCACUUCGAUCCCGCUACACUCCUUAUGGCUCACGUCCAAACCGACCAGAACGGGAUCGGGGUGGUCUAAACAGUCUAAACCUCACUGUAAGACGGAAUCUGAAUAUCGCAGAACGGACCACCCCCAGAAGCAGCGCCCCCAAGAAGUCCUGGUUUAGGGCCACGAUUCCUUAUGGAAGGAAAUACGAAAAAGCCUGGCUUAUUAGUGCUAUUCAGAAUUUGUGCACCGUCCCCUUCAACCCAGUGGAGCUUCACUAUGCCAACAAUCGAGUAAUGUUCUAUGUGGAGGACUCUGCUACAGCCAACGCCCUAAGGCAGGUGUCCCGCAAGAUCGUUGCCCCAGAUGGCUACAAGGUGGUGAUACUGCUCAACCCAUGCAGCCCGCCCCCAACCGUCCAGCGUGAGCUGAAGCCGGAAGAGAUUGAGCAGCUGAAGCAAUGCAUGAGUAAAAGAUACGAUCCUUCCCAGCAGGGCUUGGACCUGAAAAACAUACACACGGAUCCUGAUCUGGUGGCAACAAACAUAGACAUGGUGUUGAGCCGCCGAAGCUGCAUGCUGGCUGUUCUGCAGAUUAUCCAGGAGAACAUUCCAGAGCUUCUUUCCCUAAAUCUGAGCGACAACAAACUCUAUCGGCUGGAUGAUUUAGCUGAGCUGCCCCAGAAGGCUCCUAACCUGAAAAUCCUCAAUUUGUCCUCGAACCAGCUGAAGACAGAGCGCGAGUUGGACAGGCUGAAAGGCUUGAAGUUGGAGGAGCUCUGGCUAGACAGCAACCCAAUGUGUGACAACUUCCGGGACCAGUCCACCUACAUCAGCGCCAUCCGCGAACGGUUCCCGAAGCUGCUGAGGCUGGACGGUCACGAGCUCCCCCCUCCCAUCUCGUUCGAUGUCGAAGCGCCCACCACGCUGCCCCCCAGCAAGGGCAGCUACUUUUGCUCGGAAGGCUUGAAGGCGCUGAUUGUGCAAUUCCUGCAGCAAUACUACACCAUCUACGACUCCGGGAACCGGCAGGGACUCUUGGAUGCCUACCACGAUGGCGCCUGCUGCUCUCUGAGCAUCCCCUUCUCAUUGCACAACCCUUCCAGGAGUAGCUUGGCCGAGUACUUCAAGAACAGCCGGAAUGUGAAGAAGCUCAAGGAUCCAACCAUGCGCUUCCGGCUGCUCAAGCACACGAAGCUGAAUGUGGUCGCAUUCCUCAGCGAGCUGCCCAAGACCCAGCACGACAUAAACUCCUUCGUGGUGGACGUCUGUGCCCAGACGAACACCCUGCUGUGCUUCACGCUCAACGGAAUCUUCAAAGAAGUGGAUGGCAAGUGUCGGGACUCGGUGCGAGCCUUUGUCCGGGUGUUCAUUGCCGUGCCUGUUGGCCACAAUGGGCUGUGCAUCGUGAACGACCAGCUGUUCAUCCGCAAGGCCACCAACAUGGAAAUCCGCAAAGCCUUCGUCAUGCCGGCACCCACGCCCUCCUCCAGUCCCGUGCCCACGCUCACAGCGGAGCAGCAGGAAAUGCUACAGAACUUCUCGCUGCAGUCAGGCAUGAACCUGGAGUGGUCCCAGAAGUGCCUCUUGGACAACGAUUGGAAUUACGCCAAGGCAGCCCAUGCCUACACCCAGCUCAAGGCCGAGCAGAAGAUCCCAGAAGUGGCUUUCAUUCACUGAGCAUUUUGGCUCCCUCGCCCUGACCAAAACCAACCAAGCUACAUUUUAUCUUUGGGGGAACUGUUUUGUAAAUAAAAUUUUGCCAUAUAAAUUAAGAGACUCUCACUUGCUGCGAAGCCUACAGCCGUGCCUUUCACCAUCGGGGUGGAGGCAAAGCCCACGGCAGAUACUGUGACAGAAGGGCCACCUCCUCCCUGUGGCAGCAGAAGAUGUCGGGGCCCUGUUGCUCUGUAGGCUGUUUGUUUUUAGAGGACAAAGUUGACCAUGUGGCCGUGUAGAGGCCCCUGAGGAAAGGCUCUUUGUGUUUCUUCACCACAACCCUUCUUAUUUGGGAAAUCUGACUUUUGGCAUCCUCCGGCCUGUGUUUUGUUUCUGUAGCCGCCGUCUCAGGAGUGAAGCUUUGAAUAUGUGCAAAGUAGAACAAGGUCUUACUACAGACUUUAUAACUGAAGUGGGCAGAAGGGACUUCCAACCUUUUAAGCUGGGAAGAGGGGCACUGCCGUCCCCUUUUGGUGCAUUCUAGCUUUCUGUUGCCGUGCCAGAGGCAUUGUUUCCUAGUUUUAGGUUACCUCAGAGGGUUUUAAGUUUGGAGUACAGGGCCUCGGGUGGCUGGUCUGUAAAACAUGGCCCUCGUGGAACAGUCUUUAAUCUUCUUCUCAGUUCCUGGGGUAGCUGUUGCUCAUCACGGAAGUUCAUGAGGCUGGCACGCUCAGCAAGCUGCAGCUUCUGUGUUUCUGUUCCACCUCUAGUUCUUGAAAACACUGUGCUUAGUAAAAUUAUUAUUAAAACCUU